AAAUGCACACCAGUCGCGAAACGAUGCCAACCUAGUGUCUUAAAAUAGAGACCUGCUUUUUCAUGUUCCCCUCCUCUGUCUGUCUAUCUUUCUGCAAUACUCAAGAGCUUUCCCAUCUUGGCUCCUUUGCUUCCUUUUGUGCCCCCUUCCUGCUCCUCGACUUUCUACCAUGAAGAUCAAAAUAGCUGCCUUUUUAGCAGGGAUUCUCGGAGUCCUCGGCGUCUUCCUUUUCCUUGUAGCCUUUGGGACGGACUACUGGCUUCUCGCCACAGAGACGUGUGGAGGAUUUGAACCCGAGAACAGGACUCUUCACGCCAAGGAGGUUGGGAGAGAAGCUUGGAAGGAGCAGAACGGGAUCCUCACCUUUCACCAUGAAGGUUUCUUUUGGCGGUGCUGGUUCUUUGGUGAAGAUUACAAGGAGACGAUAUGGAACUUCUGGUUCACUAGCCAAGCACACCCUAAACACUGUAUGCAUGGCUACUUAUUUCCUAUGCCAAUUGCUCUUGGACCGUAUCCGCAUCCAUCCUAUGAUGCAACUGCAGUGUACCGGGGCUUCUGGACCGCGCUCAUUGUGCUGGGGGUCACGGCGAGCCUCGUGGGAGGGUUUCUGCUGGUGUGCGGCGUGCCCUUUGUCAACGCAAGAUUCUACAAAGCGGGCGGCGGAUUCCUCCUCACGGCUGGAGGUCUGUUUGCCCUGCUUAUAUUCCUGUUUGUGAUGUGGAAGGAAUUUGCAGCCGAUCUCCCUAAAUAUAUACUUCUGGAACGAAAUGAAAGAUGCUUGGACGGCAUUCCCGUCCAUGUUUAUUAUGGGUGGUCCUUCAUGUUCGCUGCCGCUGGAGUUCCCUUGGUGUUGCUUUCUGGACUUCUCUUCUACCUCGUUGGCCACAGCAUCCUGAAGGAGCUGGCAUAGAAGAACUGGAUCCCAGCAAAACCCAUCUGAAGUGGGAUGUUUUGGUAAUACGGACACUGUUUAUAGAACCCUUGGUGUGGUUGAGGUGCUAUCAAAUAAUGCUGGAGAGUUGCCUUAGUGGAAAAUACAAUAUUAGUUAUAUAA